AUGCUGACCAACACAGGCCCGGUGGCCAAACUGUACUUGUCCAUUAUUGAUGAUGUGAUUGAUAGUAUGAGGGAGCUCUUCCUGGACGAGGGCCUUGAAGACCGGGUCCUGGAUGACUUGAGACAUCUUUGGGAGUCAAAGAUGAUGCAGUCAAAAGCAAUGGAAGACUUCAGGAAAAACAAUAUCAACUCAUCCAACUUUGUGCUCCAGCUCCCUGCCAGCUACAAUGAGAAUGAUCGGGAACUCACAGUUGUCAUUCCUGCCAGUCAGAAUAUCCACAGCUUCCCAGUCAAGGCAAGUGUCAAGACGCUUGCUACUUUUUCUCUGCCUGCUGCGUUGGCUUACCCCGUACAGAUACCAGCAGGAGUCACUCUACAAACAGCCUCCGGUCAACUUUACAAGGUCAAUGUUCCUGUUGUGGUUACUCAGGCCCCGGCAAGUCAGCAGCCUGUAUCGCACCUCGCACAGAAAGCCACUGAAAGGAGAGAAGCUCCUGCAUCUCAGCCAGCUGCAGUCCAACCACAUCCCAUCCUUCCUCACGAAGCAGAGCCGUCCUCUGUUCCAGCCUCUUCUGUCACACAGCCAAAGACCAGUUUAGCCCCAAGUCAGGAGAGCUGCCUCCCCCAGCUCCCUCCAGAGCCCGAGGGCAUGCUGGCAGAAACUGAGCCGAGUCCACAGCCUGAACCCGUGAACCUCAGUGUGACCGCCUCACCCUGCGCUCAGCUAUCAGACUUUCACAACAGCGCAGAGGAGGCUUUGACACAGGCGGCACAGACCAGAGAUGUCGAUGACAUCCUGAAAGAGGCCAUCGAGGAGGAGAGAGAGAAAGCAGAGCGGCUGGACCUGGACUACAACUACAGCGACCUGUCAGACAUCGUUCAGCUGGACGGCCCUGCGGACAACUCGGACCUCGAGGAGGGAGACGAGGUUCCCCUGGAAGAGAAUGACUUUCUGGGUAUAAUCAACGCAGAGGCCAUCAAGGCCCUGCAGGAAGGAAAUGGAAGCAGUGACGGCAACAGCAUCUCCUCCAGCAGCGACAGCGAGGGAGCAGAUGAACUCGCUGAUGUGGAGGAGGAAGACCCCCUGAAUUCAGGAGAUGACGUGAUUGAGCAAGACAUCCCGGAUCUCUUCGACACUGACAACGUAAUUGUUUGCCAGUAUGACAAAAUUCACCGCAGUAAGAACCGCUGGAAGUUUCACCUGAAAGACGGAGUGAUGUGUUACGGAGGCAGGGACUAUGUGUUCUCCAAAGCUGUUGGGGAAGCAGAGUGGUAAAGAGCUUCGGCCCUUCUAACAGAUCAGAUAAUCACGCUGGAAAAGGAAACAACGAUUUAAAAGGGAAAGACAAUCAGUGAAUUUAGACCUCUUGGUGGUGCUUUAAUUUGGCUCACAGAGCAGGCAGUUAAGACACCACUGUGCAAAAUUACUGAUACUCGUUUUGUUUUUUUUUGUUCUGUAAUUAUCUCAGCAAUACCGCAAGUCAUUUAUGAUGUUACAGCCAAUUGCUUACAGUAUUGCUUGUGAAUCCAAUUUACUAAGACAAACAGCAUGAAUUUGUGUUCUAUUAUAUUUUGAUGAAAACAGUUUUCUUUAUUAGUGGAGCAAAACAUUGUUUGACCUCAAAUAUGUUAGCUUGUGUUGUGAACAUGAUUCUUUGAAGAUGACUAACAUGCUGUUUGAUUUUCAAACGUUCUCAUG